ACAUUUAAUUUGCGGAUGUGCUCCUAUCGAAUAUUCCAAAAAGAAGUCCCUUCUCUAUCUAUUAUAUAGAUAAAUUUUCUGAUAUACAAAAAGUUACACUUUUCUAUAUAAGAAAUUUAUUUAGAAACCGAUUCAUCAAUUAAUGAACACAGAUGACAGAAACAUUGAACAUCAAUAAUUGACCAUUUCCCAACUUGCUUGCCACACUCAAACCUCUCUCUCUCUCUCUCUCUCUCUCUCUCUCUCUGUACUCGUAUGCAUAUCAUGUAGCCCUGCUGUGCUGCUGCGAAUCAAGUAUCAAUCAACUAGAACAAAACCCAAGAUGUAACCCCUUUCUCCUUUGCUUUUUGCAUUACAUUUCUCUCACAAUCUCAUUACAUACCCCAAGUUGAAAAUGGUGUCCUCUGAAAACCAGAAGAAGACUUACCAUUCCCUCCUGGCAGCCAAGCUCAGCAACCUCACCAUCCCAUCUUCUUCCCCACCUACCUCCUCUGCAGCUCAAGACUUCGACUUCAACGAUGUCUUCGGUCCCCCAACCCCUUCCACUUCCACAUCCAACCCUUUUCAUGGGGACCCACAACCACAACCACAACAACAACAACAGCAACAACCCUAUAUCAUCCACAAUCGGUCCCACUCCUUCGUGGGUCCGUCCCCUCGCUACGCCUCUGCUCAAACCCAACAAUUCGAUUUGGAAUUGGAUGAAGAAGAUGAAGAAGAUGAUGAUGAUGAUGAAGAUGGAGAAGAAACCAACCCUGAAAACAGGGACCCAAACGACGUCGUUUGCGGUGAAAAGAUCAGCCAGAGUCCGGUGGGGAGUGGGAGUAGUGAUGUGAAGAUUGGGCCUGGGGAUUUUGAGAUUAUGAGGGUUGUGGGGAAGGGUGCGUUUGGGAAGGUGUUUCAGGUCAGAAAGAAGAAUUGUUGUAAUGAUGAUGGUAAUGGUAAUGGUAAUGGUGGUGGGGAUGGGAUCUAUGCCAUGAAAGUUAUGAGGAAAGAUACCAUUAUUAAGAAGAACCAUGUUGAUUACAUGAGAGCUGAGAGGGAUAUUCUCACCAAAGUUGUUCACCCUUUCAUUGUUCCGCUCCGCUAUUCUUUUCAGACCAAGUCUAAGCUUUAUUUGAUCCUCGAUUUUGUCAAUGGAGGCCAUCUCUUCUUUCAAUUGUACCGCCAGGGUAUCUUCAGUGAGGAUGAUGCAAGGUUUUAUACUGCCGAGAUAGUGACAGCAGUUUCCCAUCUUCAUAAAUGCGGGAUUGUUCAUCGGGAUCUUAAGCCUGAAAAUAUUCUCAUGGACGCCGACGGACAUAUUCUGCUGACUGAUUUUGGACUAGCUAAAGAAAUCGAUGAAUCAAGCAGGUCAAAUUCAAUGUGUGGAACAACAGAAUACAUGGCUCCAGAAAUCUUGCAAUCUAAAGGUCACAACAAAGACGCAGAUUGGUGGAGUGUCGGAAUACUCUUGUAUGAGAUGCUAACUGGGAAGCCACCAUAUACCCAUGAAAAUAGAAAGAAACUUCAAGAGAAAAUCAUUAAAGAGAAAAUGAAACUUCCACCUUAUCUUACCAGUGAAGCUCACUCAUUACUUAAAGGAUUACUGCAAAAGGAACCAUCAAGAAGGUUAGGCAGUGGACCUAGCGGAGGGGACGAGAUCAAAGCUCAUAAAUGGUUUCGAACCAUUAACUGGAAGAAAUUGGAAGCCAGGGAAAUCACACCAAAGUUCAAGCCAGAGGUGAAUGGGAAAGAUUGUAUAGCCAACUUUGACAAGUGCUGGACAGUAAUGCCUCUUGUUGAUUCACCAGCAUCCACACCAACUACAGGUGAGUAUUUCCAAGGUUAUACUUAUGUAGCACCAAACCCUUGGCUCUCAUCUGAUUCAAUUUGAUCCUCCCAUCAAAAAGAACAGAAGAUAAAAAGAUAUAUAUAUAUAUAUAUAUAUAUAUGAAAGGGGAAAUGGGCACAUUUGAAUAAAUUAUCUCUCCAUAUGAUUCAUUUGUAACAUAACUUACCUUAAAAAGUCUUAUCAUAAUUGCUCAUGUACAUUUUAUUCUAGUCUGACUAAGAUGGUUAAGGAGUCUUGAAACUUGUUAUUCAUGAAUGCAAUCCUUGGGGAUUGAACUUUCAUGAUCAGCACAGAUGCUAUGCUUGCUUCUUGUUGUAUUAGCUUUUUUUUGAAAAGGUUGUUGUAUUAGCUUUAACUUGGCAGAAACGUCUUGAAGAGUAUUUAUCCUUCUUAUUCUUUGACCCAAA